GUACUCGGUUACUAGCGAUGAAGAUACUGAAAGAAAAUGCGGGCCCGCUUACAAAUUUCGAAGUGGUUGACUUUCUACGUUCUAGAGGGGCUGCAAACGAUCCCACACGGGUUCUUGCUCCACUAGCACCUUCAGAGUUCAAGGUUUACGACUACCUGGUGAGCACACCUGCUUGCAGUCAAACAAGGGUGAGCAUUGCUGAGUUUGCGACCAAAUGUAAACCUUACAAGCUUACAAAGUCUGAAAUCACCAACAUCAUCAACAUUAGGCCAUCUUCUUUUGUGGAAAUUGACCCGCUAAUUGAAAAUCUUGAAUCGCGACUAGGAGAAAGCGUAGAAGAAGUGGUAGAGUUGGUAGUACAACUGUUUUCGCCUCCGGAAAAUCAAAGUAAUCUGAUGAAUGAAAGCAAGGAGCUAGAGGACAUAAUGUAGUAGCAUUUGUUUUGUUUUUUAUGUGAUUUGGUUGUGCAACAAGAUGCAGUUUUUUUUUUAUUUUUAUUUAUUAUUAUUAUUAUGAAAUCUGUCUUUAUUUUUAAGUGGUCUAAUCUAAUUCUAAUUUCAGUUGA